AUGAACGUGCACACUCCUCCGAAUCACCGCAACGACUUUGAGGUCGCAAUGAUCUGUGCGUUGCCUCUUGAGUACGAUGCUGCAACGUUGAUAUUCGACGAGUUCUGGGAUGAAGACGGUGAUCAUCUCGGACGGGCGGUGGGAGACAACAACACCUAUGCAACUGGUCGGAUCGGAUGCCAUAACGUGGUGCUAGCUCUGCUCCCAAACAUGGGCAAGGUGGGCGCAGCCGGCACAACCGCCGCCCUUCGAUCUAGUUUUCCAAGAGCCAGACUCGCCGUCCUGACCGGAAUAUGCGGCGGUGUGCCCUAUCAUGGGGACGGCAUCGAAGUCUGUCUCGGAGACGUCAUCAUCAGUCGAACGGUUGUCCAGUAUGACCUUGGCAGGCAGUAUCCUGGCAAGUUCGUCCGAAAGGACACCAUCCACGACAACCUAAGCCGACCCAACCACGACAUUCGCUCUUUGCUCGAUACGUUCCAGACGGAAUUUGGCCUCGCUCGGCUCCAGCGCGGAGCACUGAGUGCUCUGAACUCCAUUCAAUCCAAUGCCACCGAGACAGGCCGUCGAACGAGUUACCAUCCUCCGGCGCUGGUCGAGGACCAUCUCUUCAAACCAACGUACCUACACGUCCAUCGGGACAGAUCAAAUUGCGACUGCAGCGCGACCGAGGCCUGUGAGGUCGCUGAAAGCGCGUCCUGCGACGAGAUCUCAUGUGAUUAUCAACACUCGAUACCCAGGAAGCGUCUUGGAAGCUUGCAGAAACAGGUCACCAGAGUGUUUGUGGGAGACGUCGCCUCAGGCGACACCGUGAUGAAAUCCGGCGAGCAUCGCGAUAACCUCGCCAAGGAGCUGGGUGUCAUUGCCCUGGAGAUGGAGGGCGCCGGCGUCUGGGACCAGAUCCCCUGCAUCGUCGUGAAGGGGGUUUGCGACUACGCGGACAGCCACAAGAACAAAGUCUGGCAGCCCUUUGCUGCUGCCGCAGCGGCUUCGGUUACCAAGGCUCUUCUGAGUCGCUACACCCAGACCGACAAGCCUGAGAGCUCCCGUGCCGUCGAAAAGGAUGGCACAGAUGCUGCCGCGCCCAGGUCUGCCAACUCUGGGGCUGGACAGCAGUUCAACAACACGGGCAGCGGUACUCAGAACAACAACAGUGGCGACGGUAGACAGUACAACGCCCAGACGAUGAACUUCAAGGAUUAG